AGCUCCUGGAUGGGGCCGGGGAGGCUUUCUCUGGCUGGGAUGAAGAACUUGAACAGAAACUCAUUGCCGGCUUCCUCCCUGUGUGAGCUGUGUGUGAUUCCCUGGUCCACCACCCUCCCCCAGGACAUCAAGGACAGUUACCAGGUGCCGGGGCCUGAGGAGCCAUGACAAUGGAGGCUCUCCCCAAGGUCGUGGAGGUCGACGAGAAGUCUCCAGAAUCCAAGGACCUGCUGCCCAGCCAGACCGCCAGCUCCCUGUGCAUCAGCUCCAGAAGUGAGUCUGUCUGGACCACCACCCCCCGGAGUAACUGGGAAAUCUACCGCAAGCCCGUCGUCAUCAUGUCCGUGGGCGGUGCCAUCCUCCUCUUCGGUGUGGUCAUCACCUGCUUGGCCUACACCCUGAACCUGGGUGACAAGAGCCUUAAGGUCCUUAGGAUGAUAGGGCCUGCCUUCCUCUCCCUGGGACUCAUGAUGCUGGUGUGUGGGCUGGUGUGGGUGCCCAUCAUCAGAAAGAAACAGAGGCAGAGACAGAAAUCGGUUUUCUUCCAGAGUCUCAAGUCCUUCUUCCUGAAUCGCUGAUGGCAGCCUCACCCUCUGUCCUCCCCAUCCCCCUACCACCUCAACCCGGAGAAGGAGAUCUGACCAACAUUCAACAUCCCUGUCUCCUUGGUGGGGUUUGCCAUAAAACUGAUCCUGGCAAACCCUCUUCCUGGCCCUGUGGGCAAGAGAGCUCAGGGCUCCACUCUCCAUGUGGCUGGGGAACAUUGCUGGAUGUAUCUCAUUUAGUCUCUCUGUUAUUACUUAGAUCCUGGCCACAGCCAUCCCCUUUAAGGCCCUCAUUCCCUGCCCAUGCAUCCAGGCAUCACUCAUCUAACUCUCUCUGCCAAGCGCUAUGCACGUUGGGAAAUUCCUUGGGGUGCGCUGUGCCCCAAGGAGAACCUCAUGUUUACAUAUCUGAGUGCCUGAGCUGGAUUCCGCAUUUGCAUCCUUCUAGAACCAAAACUGACCAACAGAGGUCCUUCACGAAAGAGAGGGGAGGCUGAGUUCUGACCCAUUGGGUUUGCCAGUCCAGCUCCCUUCGUGGGCAAAAUACUGACUUGCAUUACAAGAGACCAGACAAGUCACAAGUAUGAAACAUUCCAAAGAGUGACAGUGAAAGAUGGCUGGGGAAAAACACUUUCCAAGAAUGCACAUUCCCCUAGACCUGGCUCUGGGAGUCAGCCAGCAGAGGAAGUUCAGUUCCCAGUUGUAUAGUAUCUACACCGGAGGCAGUGGAGUGGGCCAGGAGGUGUCACAGUUUCCCCCUGACCUUCUACUCCUUCUCCUUGACUCCUCUCUCCACCAAACUUGCCAAUUAGCCAAAGACAAGUGCACGUUGCCCUAACUUCCUCCUUCCCCCCAUCUGCAGUUCUAGAACAGCAAGAUAGACAGCUGCAGAGGGAUUCUGUAGGAUUGUUCUCUCGUUUACCACCAUUGAGAAACAAAACCAAGAAGAUCAAAUUCCACAUUUGAAUAGUAUGUAGGUUUCCAGAGAUGGAAUUCGCUUUCGAAAAUCCCCACUUCUGCCAUCCCUGUCCCCACCCACCAAACAAACAAACAUUUAUUGAGUGCCCUGCUCUGGGCGAGGCCCGGGGUUGGGAGCAAAACAGACACGGUCCCUGCUCUCAUCUUCUUUCCAAAGAGCUCCAGCCAGGCCAACAGGUGAUUGGAAUACCCUGUGCUCAGUCCUUGAUUGGGAAAAUGUGGGUGGGUGUGAGAACACGGAGGAGUCACCUAAUGCAGACUUGGCAGAGGACAGAGAGAUUGCUGGAGGCUGUCUCAUCCAAACUGAGAACAAAAGGAAAGAUAAGAGCAAAGAAGGGAAAGGAAAAGGAUUUCAGCAGCAGGAACUGCCUAUGCAAAAGCUUGGGGAGAGGAACAGGGAAACAUGAUAAAAUUAGGAAAUUGCAUAGCAACUUCCCAACCUUCCAAUGUUCCGUUUCAUCCCCUCUCAGCCUGCUUUCUCCCUGCUUCCCCAAGUGCCUAGUGCAGCUUCUCAGGGCACAUUGAGGGCCUCCUGGCAUGUAUGGUAGAGACUGGAAGGGUUUCCAGAGGGGUCACCAAGUGAGGUAAGCGCUCCCCAAACCUGGGGCUUCCUCUAACAACCAGAGGCCCUUAGAUGGCAGACCAGAAGGGGUACUUUUGAGAAAGCUAGCCACCAUGCUGCCCUGGGCCAGGCCUGAGGCCCAGUGGGGAGCACUUGAUAAUAAGGUGUGAAAGGAAGGCAUCCUGCACUGUAACCAUCAUUGGCUUGAGCUGACUCCCUUCACUCCUCAACCUUCUGCCCUGCCCCGGUCACCAUGGCAACCUUUCUCUAACAGGCCUCCAGGUAUCUCUGUCUUUCAUGGUGGUUCCAUAUGCAGAGUCAGAGCCUCACCUUGUUCCCUCUGCAUCAUGGGAAAUUCCACAGAGGCAGGUACCUGUGACAUGGGGACACACCCCUGCCUCACCCCUCUAAGGAGCCAGAGUUCGGGGAGGCUGUGGACUUUGAGCCUCUCUCAGACGGCCAUGUCUUCCAUUCAGACAGUGUGGCCGGGUCCUCUCACCCACCAGUGCCCUGCACACAGGAGGUCAGGACCAAUGUUGGGGGUGUUGCAAGUGUUAUGUCACUAAUUGUAGUUCUAGUGCCUCAAGUGACAAGGCUUGCCGAUCAUUUCCCUUUCUCUGACAUAAAUGCAGACUCAAUAUUGGCCUUAUAACAUCACUCGCUCAUUCCUCGAUGCUGUCUUACAUGGCAGCAAACGGGGUGGACUCCCAGCUAGCUCACUGGAAAUCCACACUUCCUACGUCCCAUUUCAUCUGCCCAGAAGCUUGUAGUCCGGGCACAGCUGUGGGAGCAGGGCCCAAGUGGACGCUGCUACCAUGUGUGUCUUAGUAGACGGAAGUCUGGGGACAGCCAUGGCUCUGGAAGGUGUCCACGUUCUGGACUCACCUUGUAGUCUGCAGCAGUACUCACCCACAUUCUCUGCCCCUCAAGCUACGUUGCUCAGAAAGAAAAAUGAAGAAAGGCUCUGAGGAAAGAUCCCCAAGCAUCGUUCGAUCCCACUGGGAUCCCCCAUGUGAGUGUGGGCCUAGGAGCAUGCCAGCAUCAUGCUGAGGGGCCUUUGCAGAAGACUGUCACCGCACAGAAGCCUGGGGUAUGACUGUGCCUGCUCUGUGAAUGCAGCCCAGGCCAGAUGCCACGUUUCUGGAAAAAAGCAUCACCGCCAUGACUCCUUUCAUUCUCGUGGAUCACAGGACAGGCCCAGCAUCCACGAGUUUGGCUAACUGGAUUGUAUUAUCUCACCCACAGCUACUCUGUUUGGGAGAGUCCGAUAUAAUCUGAGUCCUAA